AUGGAGGACCCAGUUGCAGAGAUCGAAUCAGUCGUGCUCAAGGUUACUGCGACUCACUCACCCGACGUUCAAGCGGCAGCCUUUCAACGUUACAUGAGUCAAGAUAUGGGUUUCAGGCAUCCCGUCUGUUCCAUUGUUCCGGGACCAAAUUCGAGGAACAAAGUUCUCGGAGUCUACCAGUGGUAUCGUGUCCUGUCCCCGCGCAUCGACAUCCGGAUAGACAGUGUUGUUUUCGACGAAGCUAGAAGAUUAUUAUACGUAGAAGGAGUCCAGUGGUUCAAAUUGAUUUUCUUACCGGUAAAGCCAGUACCAGCAAGAAAACAAUCUUUUUUAUAUCGCUUUUCAAGAAGACUUCUAGUACCACACCGAGGUAUCGAUUUUGCUGCCCUACUUCUACCUCCGAUUGCGCCAUUCGUGAAGUGUGCGCUGGGGUUCAGCGGCUUAGUUUCGAACGUCCUCGCACAGGGUGCACAAAUACUUGGAUAUUGGAAAGUAUGUAACUGCAGUCACGAACGUGGAGUCUGA